AUGCAGCUCUUCAUCCUUCCUCUCCUCCUCCUUCUCCUCGGGGAGAUGGACGGACUCUUUGGGACCCCUCUGACGUCCAGCCCGGGCCCCGGCGAGGACCCAAGCACUGCGCCGGACCCCUGCGAGGGCCGGUGCCUGAACGGAGGCGUCUGCAGCCGGCUGGGAGAGAUGGAGGACAGUCAGAGCACGCAGAUGCAGACUCUGGAGCCGUGGGCUUAUAUUUGUGUCUGCAGCCGGGGCUUCACAGGGCAGAACUGUGAGUUUUUUGCAGAUCCGUGUGCCAGCAGUCCCUGUCUCCAUGGCAACUGUAGUCAGGAUGGCGAAGGGGAAGGGUUUUCAUGCGAGUGCAGUGAGGGCUACAGCGGUGCCCGUUGUGACCUGCCAACCUUGACGUUUGACCUGUCCGAGUCCACCUGGGACCUCGCUGAGAGCCUCGUACCCGAGCACGCCACGCCUGCCACUCCGGCCACACCCGCCACCACCACUCAGGUGCUUCAGCCAACCACAGUCCUCACCACCACUCAAGCCCCACCCACCCUGGAGCCCUGGCAGCCCAGAGCCGGUCAGAGAGUGCUGGAGAUACUGUGGGACGAUCAGCAGAUUACUAAUGAAGCUGAAUGUGUGAGCACCGCAGGAGGAGAGUCUGCCGGAAUGAUGAGCAUCUCCUUGGAGCUCGCAGAGGAAACAGCUGUGAAGCUGGUUGGAAAUGUGAGUGGUUCUGCGGUGCUGUGGCGUGUUGGUGCGUCUGGUUAUGAGCAGUGCUCGGUUGCUGACGGCACGAUCAUGUGGUUCCAGCAGAGCUCUGAGGGUCUGGUGCUGCCCGAUCAGUCCCUGCCGCUGGGGCACAACUACUUCAUCACCCUGCUGGUUGGCUCUCCCUCUGGUCCAGAGGUCACUUUGAGGCUUCAUCUCCUGGUCAAAACCAAUAACUGCAUGGAGCCCGGCAGUGCAUUCAGUGACCCACAAUGCUCCGGGAAAGGCAAAUGCGUCACCCAGUCCUCCGUGGACACCUUUUACUGUCGGUGUGAUGAUGGUUAUUCUGGGAUCUUCUGCGAGGAGUUUGAUGCCUGCCAUCUGAAGCCCUGUGAAAACAACGGCUCUUGUGCUGACCUCAGACAGAGAGAUGAAGGACAAAACUACACCUGUACCUGCCAGACAGGUUUUGAAGGAGAGCGCUGUCAGUCAUUGGUGGAUCACUGUGUUUCUGGACCCUGCAGGAACGGAGCCACUUGCUCCAGCAGCCUUGAAGGACCUCACUGCUAUUGUGCUGAAGGUUAUCAGGGCAUCAUGUGUGAGCAGAAGAUUGAUCCCUGUGCUUCAGGGCCCUGCCAUAAUAAUGCCAGCUGCUCCCCACAGGGUGCUGGUUUGGGCUUCAGCUGCACUUGUCCUGCAGGUUUCACUGGACCCACCUGUGCCCAGCUGGUGGACUUCUGUGCCCUCAACCCAUGCGCUCACGGCAUCUGCCGCAGCAUCGGCACUAGUUACCGCUGUCUGUGUGUUCCAGGUUAUCAUGGUCUGUACUGUGAGGAGGAGUAUAAUGAAUGCCUGUCUGCUCCGUGUCAGAAUUACGCCACAUGCAGAGAUCUGAUCAACGCUUACGAGUGCAUCUGCGCCUCUCAGUUCACAGGUAAGCACUGUGAGAUCUAUAAGGACCCCUGUCUGAAGCUCAGGUGCCAGAAUGGAGGACACUGUGAAAGUGGAGGGAGAAACGCGUCCUGUGUGUGUCCUCCAGGAUAUAUGGGUGAGAACUGUGAGGUUGACGUCAACGAGUGUGAGAGUAACCCCUGCCACCAUGGCGGGACCUGCAUCGACCAAUCAAACGGCUACACCUGUCAUUGUCCUCCCGGCUGGGUCGGUGGAAGCUGUGAGAUCCAUCUGCAGUGGAAGAUGGCUCAGCCGGUGGACUCUCUGACCAACAUGCCACGUCACUCUCUGUAUAUCAUCAUCGGGGCUCUGUGCGUGGCCUUCGUCUUGAUGCUCAUCAUCCUCAUCGUCGGGAUCUGUCGCAUCAGCCGUAUUGAAUACCAGGGCUCAUCUCGUCACGCCUACCAAGAGUUUUACAACUGCCGCAGUAUCGACAGUGAUUUCAGCAAUGCGAUCGCCUCUAUCCGCCACGCACGGUUUGGCAAGAAAUCCAGACCAGCGAUGUAUGAUGCGACUCCCAUCAGUUAUGAAGAUUACAGCCCUGACGACAAGCCUCUGGUCGCACUCAUUAAAACUAAAGAUUUGUGA